AUUUUCUCUUGUAGGCGUCGACCGCAGCUCUCCUUGAGGAAGCUCGCCCUGACGACUCAUAUUUUCCUCUAAAUGAGCAUCCACAUCCACUAUGUCCAAAAUGGUUCCGUAUUCAUUUCCCGACUUACCGUAGUGGUCCAGCGGCUUCGUACAGAAAAGGAUUGCCGAUAGCUGGCGGUUUUGUGACCGAUCAUCUUUAAUAUGGCAAGAUCGCAGGAGGCGCUUGGGUAAUGAGAGACAAAUUCAGAUUAACCCAGUCCUAAAAUACAUAUCUUCAAGGAGGCCUGUUUACAUCCACGGUGCCAAGAACCCUGUAGUAUCCUUCCAAGUCCCCACGUCACUGCUUGACCUUUCCUGUCCUGGGUUCCUCCGUCAUGUCAAGCCCUAGCAGCAGCCCAGAGAGAGAGGGAGGGAUGGCGGGUUCUGUUCAGCUGGAGGACCUCAGCUCGCCCCCCGGACUGGAAACUGACCCUCCUUUAGCUGGCAGCCCAGUGCUCAGUCCAGACUCCAGUUCCCAUGAUGCUGCGCUCUCUGCCCCAGCAGCCUCCCCGGCUGACUCCGAGAACCUCAGUCCAGAUGAGCUCGAGCUCCUGGCUAAACUGGAGGAGCAGAACAGGUUGCUAGAAGCAGAUUCCAAAUCCAUGCGCUCGAUGAGUGGAUCUCGGAGGAAUAGUGGCUCCUCUCUGGUCUCAAGCUCAUCUGCAUCUUCUAACCUGUCCCAUCUGGAGGAAGACACUUGGAUCCUGUGGGGAAGGAUCGUCAAUGAGUGGGACGAGUGGAGACGAAAGAAAGACAAACUUCUGAAGGAGCUAAUAAGAAAAGGCAUUCCUCAUCAUUUCCGAGCAAUCGUUUGGCAGUUAUUAUGUAAUGCCACUGACAUGCCAGUAAAGAAUCAGUACUCUGAACUCUUAAAGAUGUCCUCACCCUGUGAAAAACUCAUACGCAGAGAUAUUGCCCGCACGUAUCCAGAGCACGACUUCUUCAAAGGCCAGGACAGCCUGGGACAGGAAGUUCUGUUUAAUGUCAUGAAGGCAUAUUCUCUUGUGGACCGUGAGGUUGGUUAUUGUCAGGGUAGUGCCUUCAUCGUAGGAUUGCUACUUAUGCAGAUGCCGGAGGAGGAGGCCUUCUGUGUGUUUGUCAGACUAAUGCAGGAGUACAGGCUUAGAGAGUUGUUUAAACCCAGCAUGGCUGAGCUGGGUCUGUGCAUCUACCAGUUUGAACACUUGCUACAGGAGCAUUUGCCGGAGCUGAACAUUCAUUUCCGCUCUCAGAGUUUCCAUACAUCUAUGUAUGCCUCGUCCUGGUUUCUUACACUCUUCCUCACCUUCCUGCCCCUCCCAAUAGCUACACGUAUCUUUGACAUCUUUAUGUACGAGGGUCUGGAGAUCAUAUUCCGAGUUGGAAUAGCGAUAUUGCAGUACAACCAGACAGACCUCAUACAGCUAGACAUGGAGGGAAUGUCACAGCACUUUCAGAAGGUGAUUCCGCAUCAGUUUGAUAGCUGCCCAGAUAAGAUGAUCCUACGGGCUUAUCAAGUCAAAUACAAUCCCAAAAGAAUGAAGAAGUUAGAAAAGGAAUAUACCACUAUUAAGAACAAAGAGAUGGAGGAACAGAUUGAAAUUAAGAGACUACGUACAGAAAAUAGACUACUGAAGCAGAGGAUUGAGACACUGGAAAAAGGUCAGGUUACACGAGCCCAGGAGGCAGAGGAGAACUAUGUUAUUAAGCGUGAACUGGCUGUGGUUCGGCAGCAGUGUUACACAGCCAGUGAGAGUCUGGAGAAGGCGCAGGACACCAUACGUGAACUUCAGCAACACAAGUAUACAGAAGAGUUUGUGAGUGGGCUGCAGACUCAGUUGGAACAGUCUCGUCUACAGGAGGCAGAACUACUCGGUGCUCUGAAAGAAAUGCAGGACAAAGUGCUUGAUCUCGAAAAGAGGAACAGCUCUCUGCCGGAUGAAAUCAAUGUAGCUCAGCUGCAGGAGGAGCUGAAGCUGGUGAAACUGAGAGAGCAGGAGACUCUGCGCUCCUUCAGAGAGAUGCAAGAGGCCGUUACUGAUCUCAACCACUGCUGGCAGAAUCAUACGUCUCGUGGAGGAGGAGGCCACUGGAAAGAAUCUCCCAAGAAGAAUGCGAUGAAUGAGCUACAGGACAAACUGAUGAGUCUGAGACUGCGAGAGGCUCAGGGUCAAGCUGAACUCAAAGAGGUCAAACUUAAAAACCUGCAGCUUGAAAGCCAGAACCAGAUCAACUGUAAACUAGUUGUCAGACAUGAACAAGAGAGUGCCAGCGUGCAGGAGAGACUCCAGAAUGCUCUUUCUCACAACAAAACACUACAAAGCCAGCUCAACGAAAUGAAGAGAAAGAUGGCGGAGUCUGACUGCAAGAGCAAGGAAGAGGUGAUGGCGGUCCGUCUAAGAGAAGCUGACAGCAUGGCCGCUAUGGCUGAACUCCGACAAAAGAUAGCCGAGCUAGAAAUACAGAAAGAAGAAGGAUUGAUCCAAGGCCAGCUGAAUCACUCCGACUCCAGACAGUAUAUAACUCAGCUGAGAGAGCAGAUCGCUGAACUCAAGAACGAGAUCAGGCAGCUGCGUGGACAGCCCUCCAAGUUCCAGAAUACCAGUGGGGGCGUUUUUCAGGACCUAUGUUUGGAAAGCCCAGCAUCCGGAGAAGGUGAUUACCUCAGUUCAGACGAGGACCCUCUUCAGAGCCUGCCUGUGAGCUCCUUGUACCCGCACCACUCUUCACCUCAUCUGGACAGUCAAGGCAGCUCGGACAGCGACGGCGAGGAAAGGAACCCCAUUCAGACCCCCUGCCAAGACCCUCUGCCUAACCAGCAGCAGCUUUACCCGGGCAUGGUGUGCACCGAAGGACUCGAGAACUGAGAUCGCUUGAAAUGGUGACACGCGACACAAGGAAUCCUUUAGGAAUAGACUGCACAAAAUGCACACAUACAUAGCGAGAGCGAGAGAUUAUGUACAUUCACCCAGAAGCUGUCAGAGGCAGGGCAGGAAACCCAUGCAUAGCGUGACACUCUCAUAGCAUACUUCACCCUCACUCGAGCUGUGGCCGAAACUUGAAAAAGGCGCCUUUGCUAAGGCACAUCCAAAUCCAGCAUUUGCCUUCCAUCUGUUUGACUUAAAACAUCUCCACAAUCUUCAGUUUGGCGGUUAGGGAUAAAAUGACAUCUGAUGAAGAAAUUAGAAAUACAAGAAUAAAUUAAAAGAAAGCUGAUCACUGCAGAAAUGACAUUUUAGGCACUAAAUAUUUGAUUUAUGUCUAAACUUUGUUCUAGAUCAUUCGAUUUGAUGUUUGGUGUACCGUACUUGGCAAGUGCUUUCAAAUUCGGACACAGUCUCUAUGUCUCCCUCUCUCUCUCUCUCUCUUUCUCUCUCUCUCUCUCUCUCUCUCUUAUUCUUUGUCUUUUUGUCAGUGUGUCUGUUGCACAGUUCCUAAACGUAUUAUAUUUCUUCCCGGGACUGAAUUUGGAGUUCUAUGUUACAAAAAACAUACACAGAGAAGUCAAACUGUCCUCUUCUCCGAGUGCCAGAAAGUUUGGUCAUUUUUGCCAUUUUCUCCUUUCAGAAGACAGUGUGGCCUUGAAACUACCUCUAAUUUAUCCAGACACUCACUAAAUCCCUGUGAGCAUACCAACUUCACCAAUACAACCGCCAUCUGGCUUGAAAUGAGGUGACGGAGGAGAGAAUAAGCAAGCAGGAUACACACCUUCGGGUACACUAAAAGUUUGCCGCAUCCUAUCAAAUCUUCGGCUUUGGAAAUCAUUGGAUUGUCUUUGUCACACUCAGUUGGCGUCAAACGUGGGGAGCAUCUCUACUGUUUCUUUAGAGGAAAGCAGCAGAUUUGGGGCUUUUCUCAACCUUGUCUUGUUCCGGUGGAUGUGCACCUUUUAUGUUUAUCUCAAACGCAACAGACACUACAAUCACUUUAAUGAGAGGUGAAGGCUGAAGGAAAGAAAAUAAGAAUGAACAAAGUCUUAUUAUAUAACGUAAUAGGGAUGUUAAUAGUUACAUACAUAGAUGAAUAUUACCGUAGCUCAUCCAUGUAUUUGUAUGUGUUUUAUACAAAACAACGAAAGCUGAUCAAAGUUUGGGAUGGAGAAAAAUCCAUUGCUAAAGAUCUAGUGUCAACAUUGCCAAAUGUUUUUAUGUUAUUUAUGUGUUUUGUUUUUUUAUAAUGUUAAUGUACUUCAUGCAAACAGAGGCCAAACUAUUUCAUUUGUACUAUUCUUCUGUGCCAAUCCUGAAAAACAGCAUGGAGCUGAAACUGCAGGGUCUCCAGAAAAGAGAUUAGUUAGAUUACAGAAAAACAACUGCUGCUAUGACAUAUCUAGUUAGUUAUUUUUUUUUUAUUAUGAUUAUUAUUAUUUAUUUUAUUUUUUUUAUAAUUUUUACUCCCAUGUAAGGUAGAUCUAUAAAUCGAAGAUAAACUGUGAAAAAGUUAUUACUGACUUGGCGCUUACCAGCAAUGAGUUGCCUAGAUUUGUACACUACAUAAAUACCCUCAAGCAAUUAUGCGAUAUUGAUUUGCAUUUCACAUUUCGGUCCCACUUUAUAUUAAAUGGCCUUGAAUACUAUGUACUUAUAUUUAACUGAAUCAUUUGGUACAAUGCACUGUACUUAUUUUUAUGUAAGUACAUAGUAGUUAAGGCCACCUAAUAUACAGUGAGGCACACAUUUCAAUUGUUAACCAUCUUAAGCAUUGUUUCUGAUUUGUAUGGGUUUGUGCUGAUUCAAAAGCAACUUCCUGAAGCAUUAAUGAAGACUGUAGCACUUGGUUGUUACUGAAAGUCUCCAUCUGUAGCGCUAAAGCUUGUUUGACUAAACUAACGAAACUCACAAACUAAUGCAAGAUUUAGUAGAUUCAUACAUAAUAUUACACAAAUCUUUCAUACUUGUAACAGUUUUCUUCCUUUUAAUCAAGUUUGGUCACUUAAGUUUUUUUACCCACAAUUUCGUAACCUGUCUUGAAGACUUCCAUCUAACUCAGAAGUGUCUACGAUGCUGUGUUCGUCUGACCACACAUGGUACAUCAGUGACAUUGCCUUUCCCCACCACUGCCUCACUUUGCUAAAGCUCGUCAGUCCUUGCAUUUAUCAGACAUUUGACAUUUUUACAUGACUUUCGGAGAGCGAUACAUUGCCGACAUUUGCACCCUUUUGACAAAAACCAGUGAGACGCUCCUCUCAGUCAUAUCUCUGACAGUAUGAUGCAUUUCAAGACAUUGGAGUUUUGGGGAGAAGUAUUUACUGAAUAUGACAUGAAAACCAUUGAAGUGUGUUCAUAAAGCAUAUCUCUUUUUUGAGUGGCUGUAAGUUAUCAAGAUAGCCUGGGGUUGCUGUUUUAACGUACCACCGUGUUUUAUUGACUGAAUUGUUUUUUUUUUUUUUUUUUUUUUUUUUUCGUCUAAUGCAAAAAUGUUUGUGUGGAAUAAUUUGUAGAGUAAUGCCGUUAUCACUGAUUUUUUUUAUAUAUAUAUAUAUAUAUUGACAUAAAAGAAAAAUUGACAUAGAAGGAGAAAUAACUGUGAAUUAAAUAGACUAUUAUGAUUAUAAUGUUGUUUCAUAUUGCACUACAAAUGAAAUCUAAACCUGUAGCAUCGUCUGUACUAGGCCUUUACUCUGAUUUAGAACAUCCUUCCUGUUCCCCGGCGACCUCUGUAACAUUUAAAACCAUCCACAAAACCGUGUGCUGUUUAUAAACUCUUCUUUACAAGAAAAGCAGCAAGUAAAGGAAGUCGCUUUGCACCUUUCAUUUCUUGCUGGUCUUUAAAGGGAAACCUCAGAGGGUCCCCGAAGCUGAAAGACUUUAUCGAGCAGUUGUUGUUGUUCCUUUGACUGUUGGAUUUCAAAUAGUCGAAGGAAACUUUCUUCACAACUUGAUUACAAAACACAACGGUUUUGUGGUGUGAGUUUGAGCUUCUGAAGAAUAUUUGCUAAUAGGAAAUCAGAAAUGGCUGUUUUGAAAUUAACUUUGAAUAAGAGUUCUUGUUUAGAGACUUGAUUUUGUUUAAAACAAGAAGUUAGUCUGAUUAGGAAGGCUUUCCAAGCUUGUUUAUCAAUACCUGACCAGGAACGUACCAUUUUUAGAUCGUCAAGGGGUGGCUAAUAUGGUCAAAACAUUUCUGUCUCACACUGAGCUCUAAUUUCAAUCGCCUUCAGAAUGGCUGAUUUAUGUUCUAAUCAGUGGAAGAAGAAAAAAGAUGAAUGAAAAAUGUUACAGUGAUUAAUAAUAUCAGUACUUUGUGGUAUCAUGAGUCAGUUGUCCCUGUAUGAAGUCUAUCACGUCUCAGAAACACUAUAUCACAUUUUCAGUUGAAGCUGAAUACUUUGAGAUUUUUUUUCUUUCUUUCUUUGGUAGCCUAACAUCCUUUCAUGGCAGUUUUUAUCUCACUCUUUUUCCUGCUUUUUCUUUUUUGUUGUUGCUUGAAGGUUGCCAUGUAAGCAAUGAUCAUAAUGAAACCCUGAUUGGUUUCAUGAAAGAUCUGUUGUAGUUUUACAGUAGACAACCUAACUACAACAAAAUGCAUAAAUAACACUUCUAUGCAUGAACUUGACGAAAGUCAGUUCAAAAGAAAUUUUUUUAAUGCCUCCUCUUUUUUUGGUCUUCCUGUUUCUUAAUUAAAUGUGGCGAUAAAAUGGGAAAAUAAUAUUCGUGUAUAGCACAUGUAAUGUCGUUCAAGUGUUACAAUCAUACAGAAAAUAUUCGUACUGUGUAUUGUAUCCAGUGUUUUCAUUCAUAUGUAGUUUGACUGUUAUCUUAAACACCGUGUGUAUCAAAACAGCAACCCUAAAAGCAGAGGUCAAUAUUUCAUACACAGCACAUUAUGCUUUCAGGUGGAGCCAUAUUAAAUAAAUGAGGUCAUACGCAGAGGCUGAUGUGACAUAUAGUGCUCCAACAGCUGCCUUACCUCCUUUCACCAGUACGUAAAUGUCCAGUAGUCUCCCCAUGACACCCAUCAGAUCACAUCCUCUCUCUCCUACAGUUUUACUGAUGUGUUAAGAAUGACAGUACUAAAGAUUAUAUAAAUGGCAAUGUUAUCAAAUGAUGAUCCAGUGUUCUGUAUUUGAUGAUAAAAUGUAUUUAAAAAAAAAUAAUAAACAUUUAUGCUAUACAUUUGCGAAGUUCAAAA